AUGGACCAUAGCGCGGCAAUCAAGAUUAUCAGCUGCUUUUUGCUGAUUACAUCGUCUGGCGUUGUGGCAGCCUGUCUCAUCGCAAGUUGGCAGGCACUUAGGAGAAAGCUCCUCAUCGUGACUCUUCUCAUCGCAACUUUGAUUUCGUCUAUACUUGCUGGAGUAGCUGCAUCUAUAGCCGCAGAGAAUGGCCUGGGGAGGUCUCCUGGCGAGUACUCUGAUGCGCAAUUUAAGGCCAUACAAAAGGCCAUCUAUGUCACCGAGAUUUUCCAUGUCUUGACUGUAGGCCUUGGAAAGCUAUCUUUUACCGCUCUCUUCUACGUUCUUCUAUCGUCGACCCGUUGGUCCAGGGCCGUUGUUGCGGCUGCUGUCUUUUUGGUCCUUUGGACGGUGACGAUGAUCAUUUCAGCCUCGCUGGAAUGCGAUCCUCCUGAGGUCUGGAAUCUAGCAGAAGGCAACUGCCGCAAUCCGAGAAAGACUGCGCUGUGGAUAUAUUUCGGAGUUUCCAAUAUUCUUAUUGAGGUUUUGCUUAUUGCACUACCAUCACUGCUGGUUUACAGCAUACAGAUGAGCCUGCACAAGCGUGUCAUAGUUAUUGGCUGCUUUAGCAUCAGAAUUUUGGACAUUGUGGUAACGGCUGUUCAAAUCCGCUAUACCUACGCAUUCGGAGCUCGGUCUUCCAUCUCUCUUGAACUCUGGCCAUGGGUCAUGUGUAGCCAGGUCCUGCAGACAGUGACUAUCAUCUCAGCCUGCGUGCCAUAUCUUCGCGAAUUUCUCCGGUCUUUCCCAAGUGGAAUGUUUCAGCCCAUCGAAAACCAAAUCGCCGCCAUCGAGAUCUCGGAUCGGGCGGCCCAUGAUGGCCGUAGCCAAGGCAAGACUGAGAAGAACGGAAAGCCGCAUGUCUGGUCGGUCAAUGAUGCUCGUCUCGUUAUAUAUCCGCGGAGGCAAGAGUUCGUUCUGCGAAAUUUAGCCCAUCUUCUAGAUUUUGGAGGUCACGGUGGUGUCAAUACCUUUCAAGCGUCUGUGCUGUGUAUAAUGUAUGCAAACGAGAGUGGUAAACGGGUCGAUGAGGCCGACCAGCCCUUGAUCCAGGGGUCGGAAGGCAUGGUAAGUCUUGACCGUGGGACCUCGUCGCUCUCCAGAUUACAACCAUGGAAGACAACCUUCCUAGCCAUGGCACUUAUAUUCUCAUUACUGUUGAACGCAUGGUGGCUUUUGCUUGAGCGGAAAGGUGAUGGCUCACACGAAAAAUCGAUGCCAUCCAAGAUACUUUCGGCCCAGCACUCUCCCUACACUGGACUCGGUUUUGAUAUGCAAAUUCCUUACGCUCAUGAUACUGAGUACACAAGCUCCAACGAAACCCAUGCAGACUAUAUGUGGGAAAACUUGAACAUCGACCCAAUGAUUAUUGCACCUACUCUGGAAUGGGCUGAAAGUAUGAAUCUCCCGGGCUCUUGGGCAUUCCCAUGGGACUCGAACCGACGGAUCUAUUUUGUGAAGGUGUUCCAUCAGCUGCACUGUCUGAAAGUCAUGCGUAAAUCAUUCCAUGACCUCCGGGCCGAUGGAGAGAGUCCGAUUCCAGCGGGUCAUGUCGAGCACUGUCUCGACAGCCUACGUCAAGACUUGAUGUGCGCCGCGGACGACACCCCCAUGCCGUCUCUGGAACUUUUGAACGGCAGUGGCGAAGGUCAGAUGAUGCAAUGCAAAGACUUUGACAAACUCGUUGCCUGGACGCAAGCCCCAGAGCGCAAUGCUUGCUAUAAACGAUUGGUCACCAGUGACUACAGGCCGAUCGUGCAUAGUAUCGAGCGAUAUGCCUUUUGUCCAGCUGACAGCCAGCCUUUUGCCGCCAUGAGCCGGUAUUUCGAAGAGCAUGGGCACUAUGCAGAUCCAUUUGCGGAAUAG